AAUCUCCUUGCAGCCUUGCUCCUGACGGAAAUUCUGGACUGGACCCAGCUUUUCGCGCCGUUGGAUUGCCAACACUCGCCAGUUUUCAUAUUCGGAUAUGCGGACCACAACGGACCUCAUACUUGGAAACUCUCUUACCCGGAGAGUGGCGGAAGCUCUCAAUCCCCCGUCAACAUUGUCACACGCUCGGCAUGUGUCGUUCAACCGAGCGAACCUCUCAAGUGGAGAGGAUACAGCAUCCAGCCAGUGUCUAUGACGAUGGCCAAUGACGGCAAUAACGUGUUGGUUUGCGCCUUCUGGACUCGAUCUUCAAGGCCUUCCAUUCAGGGAGGUCCGCUCAACGGCUGCUACGAUUUUUACUCGAUGAUGUUCCACUGGGGUCCGUCGGAUGUCGAGGGCAGCGAACACACUCUCGACUACGUCCGUUACCCUAUGGAAUUACAGAUGAUCCACGUCAAGCGAGGCUUCAACUCUCCCCUUGACGCUAUCGUACUAGGAGCGAAGGACGGUGUGAUGAUCAUUUCGUUCUUUUUCCAGAUCACCAACGUGGAAAAUCCCUAUUUGGACCACAUCGUUACCAACUUAUGGCGAGUCAGUCAACCCGGCGCAAAGGCUUACAUUCCCCCAUUUCCUCUUGAAUGGAUGUUUCCACCGUUCGAAAAGAAUUACUAUACCUACAACGGCUCUUUGACGCAGCCACCGUGCAGCGAAAUCGUCACUUGGAUAAUUCAACCAGAACCAAUCGCAAUCUCAUCAAGCCAAGUCGCGAAAUUCCGAAAGCUGUGUUCACUGGACGGUCCGAUUCUUCUGAACUCACGGCCCGUGCAAAAGCUCAACGAUCGAAGUAUUUACUUACACGAGUAGAAUGCAGUACUGUUAGCACAAUUAGCUUUCUUCGAUCAAGGACACCGAUGACAUGCGUAAUCGCACGUGAAGAAUUAUGAGUGAGCAGAAGUCAAAUUACUAGUUUCAUAUUUUUAGAGUUUUCGAAAUCUGUGAAUAU